CGUUCCCGCUUCUGGACUGUGAGCACCUCCUCUCCACACUGGGUGAGGACCCCUGGCUCACGCAGACAUGGCUUCAGGUGCCACCACCACCCCUGUGAAGAUUGGAAUAAUUGGUGGAACAGAUCUGGAUGAUCCAGAAAUCUUAGAAGGAAGAACUGAAAAAUAUGUGGAUACUCCUUUUGGAAAGCCUUCUGAUGCCUUAAUUUUGGGGAAGAUCAAGAAUGUUGAUUGUGUCCUCCUUGCAAGGCAUGGCUGGCAGCAUACCAUCAUGCCCUCCAGAGUCAACUACCAGGUGAACAUCUGGGCCCUGAAGGAGGAGGGCUGUACACAUAUCAUAGUGACCACAGCCUGUGGCUCCCUGAGGGAAGAGAUACAACCUGGCAACAUUGUUGUCAUUGACCAGUUCAUUGACAGGACCACCAAAAGAGCUCAGACCUUCUAUGAUGGAAGUCAUUCCUGUGCCAGAGGAGUUUGCCAUAUUCCAGUGGCUGAACCAUUCUGUCCCCAAACAAGAGAGGUCCUUAUAGAGACAGCUAAGAGGAAGCUAGGACUCCGGUGCCACUCAAAAGGGACAAUGGUCACAAUUGAGGGACCUCAAUUUAGCUCCCAGGCAGAAAGCUUCAUGUUUCACACCUGGGGAGCAGAUGUCAUCAUGACCACCGUGCCAGAGGUGGUUCUUGCUAAGGAGGCUGGAAUUUGCUAUGAAAGUAUUGCCAUGGCAACUGAUUAUGAUUGCUGGAAAGAGCAUGAAGAAGCUGUGUCAGUGGACCGGGUCUUAAAGACCCUGAAAGAAAAUGCAAAUAAAGCCAAAAGUUUACUCCUUACUACCAUACCUCAGAUAGGAUCCAUGGAAUGGUCAGAAACUCUCCACAACCUGAAGAAUAUGGCCCACUUUUCUGUUUUAUUACCAAGACAUUAAAAUAGCGUGUUUGCUAAGAAGACAAGAUGACUUUCUAAUCCCAAUCAUGUUGGGAACUUCUGUUUCACUUCAAAAACCAUGGAGAAGACAGGCAGUUUUCAUGCCCUUGUCCACAAAGGAAGACCAUUCAUUCGACAAAACAGUGCAUGUAUCAGGGAUGCCUUUCAAAGGACUCAGGUUGCUUCAAGAAACAGAAGAAAAGCUGUGGCCAACAAACAAAUGAGAAGAGUCUCACACUUUGGGGUCAUGGGGGAGAAAUCUCACCGUUUUACAUUUACUCCAUUAAAUUUGUUUUAAAAAAUAAUAAAUGGAACGCUUAGGGUUUUUUAUUGAUGUAAAUUGGUAUAGUCUUUCUGGCGGACAGUUUGGUAAAAUAAGUCAAAAGGCUUAAAAAUACUGCUGAUUAUCAAUAAAACAUAUCAAGUAUGUAUAAAGAGAGAUGUUUAGUAGAGUGUUCAUUGUAGUAGCAAAUAUUUACAGCAAUGUAAACAUUAAAUCAUAAGUAAAUGAUGAUUUAACUCUUAAUUGGACUGCAAGACAACCUACUGAAUCACGUUUAAACUGUAUUGAUGUCUUAAAGAAUUGGUGACACUGCUUCCAUCAGGAACAUCAUCAUAAGCUCUCUUGUCGGCCACUCCAGGAAUUUGUCCUCCCUAUAAAGUAGCAGUGGUACCAAAGAGAGGCUGGAUCAUCCUACCCUGCCACUCCAAGAAAACUGGUCCUGAAAUGAGUGCCACCUAGAAUGUUCCCAGCUUUGACCAUGAACUGUGAGCUCAGACCAACAGGGAUUCAGCGGUUACACAUGCUCCUGUGCUAAAUAUGAAUAUAUAUGGGCCCUGGGUUAGGUUGAUGGGGUAAACAGUUAAUUUUAUUCAUAGGCUUGUUUCAUGUUUGAAAGCUACUCUAUACCCUAAUCCAGCUUUCUAGCCCUAUUCUUAAUUCUCACACCAUCUUCCCAAACAAUAUUUUUGUCCACUUCCAUGUUAGCUAUCAAACUCAAGAAAACCUACAAAAGUCAUGGGCCUCAAGGAACAUACCUAAAAUAGACUUCUAGCUUCUUUCUACCCUGAGAUCCCUAUUUUCAUGUACUCUAUCCCUAAUUUUUGGUUCUGUCUUACUGCCUUUCAGCCACCAAGUUGCAGAUGAUAUCAUGACUCCAUCCUGACUUCCCUGGCCUAAUGACCUCACCAAUGUGUCACCUCUCCAGAGCCCUGUCCCACUAAGGAAAGACAGAAAUAGGCUAGGGGUAUAAAUUGUCCUGUUGACACCCAUGUCCAGCAGAGAAGCUAUUACAGAAGUCAGAACUUUCACCUUCUGUACCCCAAAAAGAAUUUUGUUCCAUACUUCCAGAAGAGGAGAAAUAGUAGGGGAAGAUGACCAGAGAAGAGGAAAAAAGGAAGGACAUUUGGAAAUAGUAAUUGAUGUGGGUGUGACUUGGAUGGGAAAAGAGGGCAGGACCAGAGGAGGAAAAGAA